AUGACACGCCCUGAUAUAUCAUUUGCUGUCAACCAUUUAAGUCAGUUUCUCCAAUGUCCAACUACAAGCCAUUGGCAAGCUAUUAAAAGAAUUCUCAGAUACAUCAAGGGCACUCAAAACUAUGGUCUACUGUUCCACCCUAGCUGUGAUCUAUUAAUCAGUGCUUACUCCGAUGCAGAUUGGGCAGCUAACGUUGAUGAUCGACGAUCAGUUGCUGCAUAUUGUGUAUUCCUUGGAGGAAACCUUGUGUCUUGGUCAUCCAAGAAACAAAAUUUUGUGGCAAGAUCAAGCACCGAAUCAGAGUAUAGAGUGAUUGCUCAUGCCUUAGCUGAACUGAUUGGAUUAACCAACUAUUGCAGGAAAUUGGGUUUGUGCCAUCUACACCUCUUGUGUUGUGGUGUGACAAUGUCAGCGCAAAAGCUCUUAUUGUAA